AUUUUCAAAAUAACACGUUCUGAAGUAAAACUGUGCACAUCAUGUUACACGGUUAAAACUCAAACCGUACUGUUUAUUUGUUAUCGCGUUAAAAGAAAACGCUAGCGUUGAAACAUCAACUAUGCAAGUCGGGACAGGGCUGAAUAAUUCUUAACAAAUGGUUCACAAUAGUACGCAGCGCGGGUGAUUCGAAAUCCGGCUGCCUUCAGCGUUAUAGUCAAUGCACUGUGACGUGAAUACCUAGUAAGGUGAUUCAGCAUGUUGACACUUUCUCACGGGAAAAACUACUUCAUUAUGUUACCUUGUUCUUUUCAAAUGGUAUCAACUGUUACACCCCGCAUACAAAUGGAGUAUACAUUUACUUCUGACUCACUAUACUUUGCUUGUAAGUGAUGGUAUACGAUUUUUAAUUAGUACGUUUUCUAGAUACUCCCCUGUUUGAUCAGACGGCAGCCCUAUAGACUUAACAAGAACGAAUCCACAAAGCCACCACUUGUUACUCUCUCAUUUUUAAUCAAUAUCGAGUUUUUAGUAACACACUCUCUAUACAGCUCUUUCAUUAAGGAACAUCUGUGCUUUUAAAGUGUCACGUUUUCAGCACCAUCCCAUGGUAAACACUCAACAACAAUAAAUUGUAUAGCUUGUGAUUCAGCAGUUCAUUUUAUGUAGUCUUUCAUAAAGAAACACCUGUGCUUUUAAAGAGACACGUUUUCAGUACCAUCCCAUAGUAAACAUUUCUCAACAAUAACAAAAAUAAAAUUAAAAAAUUGUAUAGCUUGUGUACUCGGUCAAGGUGAUUCAGCAGUUCAUAGUACUACCCUAUUAUACACCCCGCUUGAUACAUCUGUCUUGAAGCAACCUGAAACUGUUUUGAAUAGCAGCCAAACCACUCAUGUUCAUUGUGUGCAGCUGUUUGCACUUAAGUUUGAACUAAUAUUUCUAUAGAGCUCCAAAAUGUAUAGUUUGGAAUAAGAAGUCCAUCCACUUUUAUAUUUUUCACCAUUUUCGUCUGAGAAAUUGCCAAGGCAACAUCAACCAAAAGUGUACCGGAAACGUUAACCCUUAACACGCAUCCUUAGGAUAGGAAUCUCCAGCAAAAGAGCAAGUACUCCACUUUUACUGCAUACUUACACUUAUACAGUUGUUAGAUUAUUUAAAACUUAUACACUUGACGUAUUAUUUAAAACUUAUUAUCACGAUAUAAUACUUAAAACUGUUAGUAACCAUUUUAGUCUAAUGCUUAGUUGAUGUUCGUUUUUUGUUUUUUGUUUUCAGGUAACUACCAACUCAUACACACUUAGUUGGUGAAUACCUAUUUUAUGACUAUGUACACCACGAGUAGAGACUCCUACUGUGAAAAUUGUCACACUUGUUUUGGUUUUAAAAGAAAUUUAACAAGGCAUCAACAAAUAUGUGGGAAAGUUGGGGGUCAAUUUUCAUGUCAGUAUUGUAGAAAAUAUUUUUCCAGAAAAGAUAGUUUAAAACGACAUGUGAAAAGCUGUCAAAAAGUAGUCAAUCCUUUGGUUUGCCAAUGUUCACUGUGUUUUCAACACUUUACCCAUGAACUUGCUUUUCAAUCACACUUACCACAUUGUCUAAACACGACUUUGCAAUAUGAUUCUCCUUCCACCUCAUCACCACCUCCCAUUCCUUCCUCCUACCCCCCUCCACCGCCCAUCCCCUCCCCUGAUGUUUCUCCUUCUUAUCCCAAUCCCUACCUCAUAAACGAGAUUUCACAAAAUGAUGUAACCUGUCAGACUUGUCAGACAAUGUUUCCAACUUCGAAAGCAUUGCGACUGCAUAAGAAUAGAACAGGACAUGAUAUGUGGGGUGGUAGCAAAGGCAAGUUAAGUAGGAAAAAAACGGCUACAGUAUCUGCACAUCCAUCCAACCCUUCUUUGCCUCUUAUUCCCUCCCCACCAGGUACUCCUUCCAAUCCUGAACCUGUUGGUGACACUUCUGAUCAUGCUCGCCCAUGUACCAGCGAAUCUUUAGGGGGAGAUGUGAGAGAGUAUGAGUUUAAAGGGCAGGGUGCUACAGAUGCUUUACAUUUUAUGGUGAAUCAACAAGCUGUCAUUAUUGAUGUGAUCAAGACAGAACUCAGAGAGAAACAGUCAGUGAAAUGGGGAUUAUGUCUUCACAUCAGAAUGGUUAAACCUACUGAAGAUGAAACAGCUAAUAUUCAUGAGGCUUACUUUCGAAGCACAAUGGUCAUAGCUACACAAGGAACCAAUUUGUCCGAUCAAUACCUUGAAGCCAUGCACAAGAUAUUGCGUUCACUAGAUAAUUAUCAGGGUGAGCAUUCUAAUUUAAACGUGCUAGACAUUGCAAUGAUGAAAGUGAUCAUCGUUAAAUUUAAGCCUUUUAAAGGCGGUACAUACAUCCCUCUUCCCAAAGAAAUUGCAUACAAAACUAAAAGCGUUGUGAAUGUAGAAAACAAUGAUGAGAUGUGUUUUAUCUAUAGCAUUUUAGCCAAACUGUUUCCCGCUCCGCAUCAUCCAACACGGGUGAAGCAUUAUCAACCUUUUGUGAACAGAUUGAAUUUGGAUGGGUUUACUUUUCCGAUGACACUCAAACAAAUCCCACGAUUUGAACAAGUCAAUCAGUUGAGUAUUAAUGUGUAUGGCUUCGAAGAUAAGACUCUCUAUCCACUUUACAUAAGCAACGUAUCCAACAUAGAACCAGACAGUCAAAUUGAUUUGUUGAUGCUUUCACAAGAGAACGAGCCCGAAGAUUUUGAAGGAUUCUUAGGCUUAGAGGGUCAUGAACUUAUGGAUGUAGAAACGAAAGCAGACACCCAUUUUUGUUUGAUCACUAAGUUGAAAUUUUUUGUCAAAAACCCUGAGAAAAAACGUAGUAACCAGUAUUAUAUUUGCAGAAAAUGUUUGUGGACAUACAGCUCACAAGAAAGGUUGAAUAAGCACAAGGGGUAUUGUUUUGAUAAAGCUCAACGUGUCAAUAUGCCUAAACCCGAGAAAGCAGUCUAUCAGUUUGGAUUACGAUCUGAAGCUAAAACAGAAAGAGCUAAAUUUCUUAUUGUGGCCGAUUUUGAAAGUUUGCUGUUGCCGGUCGAAAAUCAUGCAUCGCGUUUGAACAGACAUGUUCCUUGUGCCUAUGCUUACAAAGUUAUUUGUUCAGAGCAGCGGUAUUCGAAAUCUGUUCAAACCUAUGUAGGUUCAGAUGCAGCAGAACACUUUAUUCAAGACAUUUUAAGAGAAUAUGAUGAAAUUAAGGAGAUCUUUGCCAAUGUUGUUCCCAUGCAAUUAUCUCAUCAGGAUAGGACAACCAUAGCAAACACAACUCAGUGUGGAUUAUGUGGAAAAGAGUUAGGGAAAGAUAGGGUGUUAGAUCAUGACCAUCUCAGUGGUGCUUUUAGACAAGUAUUACACAACAAGUGUAAACUAAAUUUCCAGCUGCAAAAGAAAGUGUAUCUGAUGUUGCAUAAUUCAGAGCGUUAUGAUACGCAUCUUAUUCUUGAAGCAGCACGUGAAUUUGGAGAGAGAAGUAUUCAGAUCAUACCCCAUAAUUCUGAACAGUUUCUGUCUUUUACUGUGGACAGUGAUCUGGUCUUCCUAGAUUCUUGCAAAUUUUUGCAAAGCUCUUUAGAUGCUCUGACUAAGAAUCAGAUGAAUAAAGGAUUAGACACAUUUGUUUUCUUGAAAGAGCAGUUCCCACAGCAUGUUGGUAUAAUGACUCGAAAGCUUCCUUUUCCUUAUGAGUACAUGGAUUCAUGGGAAAAAUUAAAUGACACACAGUUGCCACCUAAAGAAUCCUUCUACAGUUCCUUGAGUGAUGAAGGCAUUACUGAUGAAGACUAUGUCUUUGCCCAUGAAUUGUGGCAUACAUUCGCAUGCAACACAAUGUCUGACUUUACACGGUUGUAUGUGGUUGUAGACACACUGUUGUUGGCUGAUAUUGUCGAAACAUUCAGAACUGGAUGUUUAGCAGAUUAUGGACUUGACAUCUGUCACUACUAUUCCAUGCCAGGGUUUUGUAUUGAUGCAGCACUGAAAGUCACCGGGGUCAAGCUUGAUCUCUUCACUGAUGUAGAUAGUUACAAUUUUGUGGAAAAUUCCAUUCGGGGAGGCGUGUCUGUCAUCGGUAAGAAAUUUGCCGAAGGCAACAAUGAAUACAUGUCUAAUUAUAACCCAGAAAAAGAGGCUUCAGUGCUUCUGUACAUGGACUUUAACAGUCUUUAUUCUGGAGUUAUGCUGGAACCCCUACCUAUUGGUAACUAUCAGUUCAUGUCAGCACAAGAUUAUGAAACUAUUGAUUGGGUUACAAUAGAUACCCAAGGGGAUACAGGUUACAUUUUGGAAGUGGACUUGCACUAUCCUAAACAUUUACACAAACUUCAUGCUGCUUUCCCCAUGGCUCCUACCCAUGACAACAUUCCCUUUGAGGACUUUUCACCUUAUCACAAAGAGUUACUCAGCCAGUUCUAUACCUCCCAGUGUCAAAAACCCUCAGGCAAGAAAUUGUUUGCUACUUUAAAAGAUCGCUUGAACUAUGUGGUUCAUUUCAAAACUUUGCAACUGUAUUUGAGACAUAGGCUAGUCCUCCAACACAUUCAUAGGGUGUUAAAGUUCAAGCAAGGUCCCUGGUUGAAACCCUAUGUUCAGUUAAAUUUGGAAAGUCGCAAACACGCAACUGAUGCCUGUGACAAGGACCGAUAUAAACUUAUGAAUAAUUGUGUGUUUGGCAGGUUCUGUAUGAAUAAACGCAAGCGGAAAUCCUUGCACUUAGUGACCCAAAGACAGCAAUUUCGCAGUUAUGUAGCUAAAACCAAUUUCAAGCAGGUGAAAGUGUUUUCAGAAGAUGUUGUGUCCGUGGAAAUGGAGCAAGUGUCUGUCCAUUUAGAUCAACCUAUCGCUGUUGGUUUCAGUAUUUUGGAUUUAGCCAAAUUUCAAAUCCUUUCUUUCUAUUAUGACGUCAUGCAACAGCAAUAUGGACCAGAACGAUUGGACUUGCUCAUGACAGACACAGACAGUCUCUUUUUGCACAUUCAUGCCCCUCCACACGAGACUUUGCUUGAUCCCUACAUAUUCAUGAAGCAAAAUCUGCAUUUGUUUGAUACUUCCAAUUAUGAUCAGAACGAUCCUAAAGGAUUGUAUUCGAAUGAAAACAAAAAAGUCACAGGAAAGAUGAAGGAUGAAGCUGCAGGAAAGAUCAUUUUAGAAUUUGUAGGGUUGAAAAGCAAAAUGUAUUCCUUUUUGAUACAAUCAGAUGAGAACACUGUAUCAAACCAAAAGACAGCUAAAGGAAUAAAGAAAUCUGUCAUUGCUAAGCAAUUGACCCAUAAGAAAUACAAAGACAGUCUCCUGGAGAGGAAACCUUUUUAUUGUUCCUAUUCACUCAUUCGCUCUCACAAUAACACUUUAUACACUGAGUCAUUGAGCAAAAUAGCAUUAUCCCCCUUAGAUGAUAAACGUUAUGUACUAGAGGAUGGUAUAUAUAGUUUACCCUAUGGGUAUUCACCAGUCUAAGAGUAUGUGGUAAUGCUGUUCAAGUUCCACAUUUUAGAGAUGGGUGAUUGAUACAGCAAUAUGAGUACCACCGGAUUCAUUUACCAGUUAAGACGAAACGGCGGCAAUGACAUACUGUAUUAUGAAGGUAGAAGCUUCCGUAGAAGCCAUGAGGAUGCCAUGCAGGCAGGUUUACAGCGUGCAAGAAGAAUGUUCCAUCAAGACGAGAAUCAUCAAACACCCAACUAUUCAGUAACUGUGCGUGAAAUUCACAUCAACAGGAGACAAAUAACCAAUCGCUUACAGCUGCGUCGAAACAAAAGACUUUUCGUAGGCGUCUUGGAAACUCACUAUCUCAAUGAACUCCAGAGACUUGUUCGGAAGUUAUGUUGUGAUAAUUGUUAUGGAUGUGAAGUUAAUCAUCCAUCGCAAGUACAUCACCAGUGUAUCAUGAUGAACAGUGACGAGUGUAUUACUCAAUACUUUGAUCGUGCAGUGAAUGAGCUGCCCCUUCAUACCAUCUUGGAAAAAGCCAAGCAACAGAGGGUAAGCCUUGGGCUAGAGUUUCAGGACCAGCACACUGUGCGUUACAAUGACACGGAUUAUAUGCAUAGUCAUUUCUUCUGCAAUGACAGAAAAGAAAGACUCGAGAUGCAGCUCAGAGUCCUCAUGAACAUGGAAGAUAGUAAUAACUAAAAGUCGCAUGUGUUAGCAUUAUUUUAUUGCUUUACAAUCUGAAAGUUACAUAGAAUACAUAUCAUGAAUUCAAUGUACAUGUACAGUUAGAAAGACUCUAGUUUUCUUAAUUUUGCAGUAGUGUUAGCACCGGGUACACCAUGUUGUGCUUGUCGUUUUAUAUAUAAAGAUGAUUUUGCCUUU